CUUAUGUUUUUGUUUGAGUUGGAAGAGGGGAGCUGACAGAUUGGCUAGUGGUUACUCUUUUGUGUUAGCCUAGCCUAGCCUCUUUCAGUGUUCCGAUAGAUACAGUUUGGUUUGUUAAUGUGAAUGUGUUGUUUAUUUUCGCCGUAUAAACAGUGAAAUGCAAGUGUUGAGUGAGUGAGCUUAAAGAUGGCUGACCCAGUACCUCCUACUAAUCAAUGGGACGAUGUGGACCUUGACAGUAAUCCGGACGAAGGAGGCUGUGAAGACCCGGAACCUGCGUACCGGUACCAUGGAGAGUAUCGGAGGACAGCCCCUCCGUACGUGGCUGGGCGAGGGUUUAUUCGUUACAGCUCAGCACUACAGCAUCUCAUACCUGUCCGACCUCGCAACAAAAAGAAGAGAGAGACAUUGGGUGUGGAUGAGGCGGGACUGUUUUCAUUCAUCACAUUCAGCUGGUUGACCAAGUACAUGACCAGGGCGUACAAGAAAGGCACAUCUAUGGACGACAUCCCCCAAGUUCCUCCCUCGGAUUCUUGUGAUUACAAUGCUCAGAGAUUGGAAGUGAUGUGGCAGAAAGAAAUGGCAGAAAAGGGUCCAAAGGCAGCGUCACUCAAGCGAGUGGUCUGGAGGUUCGUGCGUACGAGAGCUCUGCUGUCUGUCUGUGUGCUGUCUCUCAACAUCGUCACGAGUUUCAUCAGUGUGGCAUUCAUCAUGCGCUGGCUGUUGGAGUUUGCGGAGUCUCCUGAUGCACCGGCUAGUGAUGGGAUCAAGUGGGCGUUGUGUCUGGGUGUGGCCGAACUGCUACGGGUUGUCUUCUACGCAGGAGCAUGGUCCAUCUCUAGCAGGACUGCUAUCCGCUUGAGAGCUGCCUGCCUAACAAUGUUGUACCGGAAAGUGAUCCGAGUCCACUCUCUGGGCGAUAAGACCAUCGGAGAGCUAGUGAACAUGUUUGCUAGUGACAGUCAGAGACUGUACCAGAUGGUGGUAUUCGGUCCGAUGAUCAUCAGCGGCCCUGUGUCUAUGAGCCUGGGUAUACUCUACAUUCUGUGGCUGCUCAGUCCUUGGGCACUUAUGGGCAUGUUGGUAUUCAUCCUCUUCUACCCUAUACAGUACGGCAUGUCAAGGCUGGUGGGCAGGUACCAGGCGAAGGUGGUGUCUAUGGCUGACAAGAGGAUCUGUCUCACCUCCGAGAUCCUCAGCUCCAUCAAACUGAUCAAGAUGUACGCCUGGGAGAAGUGCUUCACGAAGACUCUCUUUGACUUGAGAGACAAGGAGCUCCAGUUUCUCCAGGUGGCCAUGUACUUCCAGAGUCUAACAGUGUCCGUGGCGUCCACUGUUCCCAUCGUCACAGCCAUUGUCAUGUUCCUCACCCACAUCGGCAUGGGCUAUGACAUCACUCCUUCCCAGGCCUUUACGGUAAUCAGCAUCUGCUUGAAGCAACUGCGUAACGUCCUCACCAACACUCGAGAGGGUUGGAGGAAGGUCAUCGAGGGUCAGAUAGCUGUGGCCCGACUGCAGAGCGUAAUGCUACUGAACGAGAUCAGCCCUUAUAUUGCCAAGCCCAUGGACAAGUCCCAGGCCGUAUGUAUCUCAAAUGGUACAUUCAGCUGGGACACCCCUCCCCCCACCCCCAGCCACACCAAGGUCAAGAAUGGCAAGAAAGUCUCCAACAAGUUGCUCAGCACAGCCAAGAUCAAGAAGUCAGACCACAUCCAAGCUACAACAGAAGAAACCGUGGUCCUCAACUCUGUUCCCAAGCAAGAACCUGUGUUGCAUGACAUUAACUUUUAUGUCCCUAAGGGUAGUCUGGUCGGAGUGUGUGGACAGGUGGGGGCAGGCAAGUCGUCGCUGCUCUCAGCCGCCCUGGGCCAGCUCCGGAUGGACUCAGGCAAGGUAUCCAGGGAGGGAUCCUGUGCCUAUGUCAGUCAACAGGCCUGGAUACUAAAUGCGACUCUGAAGGAGAACAUCCUAUUUGGAGAAACUUUCAAUGCUAAGAGGUAUCACCACACUGUGAUGUGCUGUGAGCUGUCAGAGGACAUCAAGUUGUUGCCGGGAGAAGAUGAGACAGAAAUUGGGGAGCGAGGCAUCAACUUGUCUGGGGGCCAGAAACAGAGAGUGGCUCUGGCAAGGGCACUUUACGCUAACCGAGACAUAUACUUCCUGGACGACCCUCUGAGUGCAGUGGACGCUCAAGUCGGAGCCCACAUCUUCAAAAAGUACAUCUUGGAGGCACUGAAGCACAAAUCUGUCAUUUUUGUCACCCACCAAAUACAGUUCUUGAACCGUUGUGAUGAGAUCUGCGUGAUGAAAGAUGGCAGCAUUGUGGAGCGAGGAACUCACGAGGAGCUGCUGGCUAAGGGUGGAGAGUACGCGACCAUGGUGCACACCUGGCAGCAGUCGCAGGGCGAUGGCGUCAACUCGUACGAUAGUAACAGUGACUCAGGAGUCUCGGGAAUGAAUGGGAAAUGUGUGUCGGUGGAGAAGCUUGCCACCAACGGCACCCCAAAGAAAGCGAAGACUGUUCAGAACGGAAACCACGAUAUCCAAGCACAAAUGAUUGGUGGAAAACAUCUAACGCAGGCAGAGCGUUUAGAGCGUGGUUCGCUUCACUCGGAGACCUACAUCAACUAUAUCCGGGCAGCUGGAGGCUUCUGCGUGGUCUUCUGUGUGGUGGCCAUCAUCAUUCUCAAUGUGGGAACAACAGCAUUCAGCUCUUGGUGGCUGGCCACGUGGAUCAAGGCUGGUGUCGGGAACAGUUCAUUUGUGAAGAAUGAGUCGAUUGUCGUUGGCAACGAGACAGUGUACGAGAAUGUGACAGUGUUGGGCACGAGUAUGGCUGAUAACCCUGAUUUUGAGAUGUACCGGACAGUGUACGCCCUUACCAUCGUGGGUAUCAUUGCUACCAACCUCCUCAGGGGCUUUGUGUACGCCAGGGUGUCACUGAACGCCUCCAAGAAACUGCAUGUCCAGCUGUUUAACAAAGUAAUCAGAACAACUAUGCAGUUCUUUGAAACAACCCCUCUUGGCAGGAUACAGAAUUUGUUCUCUAAGGAUAUGGAUGAAGUGGAUGCUCACCUACCGUUCACGCUGGAGUGUAUGCUAGAGGAUGGCUGUUCGCUUAUAUUCGCUAUCCUCUUCAUCUGCCUUGUCUUUCCUUGGUUCAUCGUUCCUCUAGUGAUCCUCUCCAUUCUGUUCUUCACAGUCAGCAGAAUAUUCAGGGUGGCUGUCAGAGACCUAAAGAGGCUGGAGAACACGUCACGAUCUCCCAUCUUCAGUUCUGUGUCUGCAACCGUGCAGGGCCUCAGCACCAUCCAUGCCUUCAACAAAGAGAACGACUUUAUCAGCAAAUUCACCAACACCUUUGAUCUGAAUUCAACCUGUUUGUACAUGUCGACAUCAGCUAUCAGGUGGCUGGCCCUCAGAGUUGAUACAUUAUCAGCGGUGAUCACUUUGAUAACAGCAUUCUUGUCAGUUCUGCUGCACAACCAAGUAGCACCUGCGAUGAUGGGGCUGGCCAUAGCGUAUGCUGCCUCCAUCAGCGGUAUCUUCCAAUACGUGAUCAGGAUGGUGGCUGAAGCAGAGACAAGAUUUAUCUCGGUCGAACGCAUCACCUCGUACCUCGAGAGCCUGAAGGUGGAAGGUGGUAAUGGACCGAAAGGCAAGCCAUGGGAAGGUUGGCCGCAGAGAGGCAACGUGCACUUCAACAAGGUGUGUCUGCAGUACCGCAGCUCCUUGCCGACAGUGCUGCAUGAAGUAACCUUCAAGGUCAAAGACUGUGAGAAACUGGGUAUCGUGGGCCGCACAGGUUCAGGAAAGAGUUCACUGACCACUGCACUAUUCCGGUUAGUGGAGCUGUCUGCUGGAACUGUUGAGAUAGACCAGCUCAACAUCUCUUCCUUGGAUCUCAGCCAACUGCGGACACAACUCACCAUCAUCCCUCAAGACCCCAUGUUGUUCUCAGGCACCAUUAGGACAAACUUGGACCCAUUUGACCAGUAUGGGGAUGACCGGUUAUGGGAGGUCCUGGAGAAGACACAGAUGAAGGAGAAGGUGCAGGGUGCUGACCAGAAGUUGGACUCCAGGGUGGGUUACGGUGGUGACAAUCUCAGCGUCGGUGAGAGACAAUUGCUGUGCCUGGCGAGAGCUCUGCUUAGGAAGACAAAGAUUCUAGUGCUGGAUGAAGCGACGGCUGCUGUCGAUCCGGACACAGAGGCUGCUCUGCACAAUGUCAUCAAGGGGGAGUUCCGGGACUGUACCGUCCUCACCAUUGCCCACCGGAUCUCCUCUGUCCUGGACUGUGACAGAGUGCUGGUCAUGGAGAACGGCUCGGUGGCUGAACUGGACAAACCAGCAAAACUGUUGGAACAGCCUCACUCCAAGUUCUCUCAGCUGAUAGCAGCCAGCAAGGAGUCAACCAGCUGAUGUCUAGCAGCCAGCAAGGAGUCAACCAGCUGAUGUCUGUGACGCGCUCGGACUUGUCGUCACUUGCACAACCACAGGGUCUACUGGACCCACCAACCUAGCAUUUCACUUUAGAAUAGUGAGCUGACUAGGGUAAGGUAGUAUUACGUCAAUUUUUCAGUUUUUCAACAACAAAGACUGUAUAUGCUGCUGUUUUUAUCUGUACUGACAGCUUUAAAACCCCAUCUCUUCAUUUUUUUUCAAUUUUUUAUAAAAUUAACAUACUACAUUAUUACCUAAAAUUAAACAUUUUCUGCAAUUGUUGUUAAUUUACAAUAAAUUAUCAUUAUUGGGUUAACUGUUUGAGAAUUGUCUUAUCCAUCUCGUCCAUUCGGGUUCAGUGUUGGUUAAUCGUCUAUUUUUGAAUUUUGUCAACUAUUACUGUAUCACUGUUUAGUUUUAUUCCACUAUAUUGUAGUAAUUAAUAUUUAGUUUGUGAGUUUUAGUAUGGCUGGUAUUAAUAUUAAUGAUUUGUGAAGAUUAUUCAAGUUGACAUUCAAUGACAAAUAUGAUUUAUAAGAAACAAUGUUUGAAGUUUAUUGCUUUUUAAUUAAAUAACAAUUUAAGUAAUAGAACUGAUUUUAUGUGAAAUUUAAUUUUUGUAAAUCUUUACCAUCCAAUUAUAGAAUUCAAAAAUGUACGAAUGUAUUUGUGUGAAAAUGUAAACUAAAACGAUGUACUGGCUGUGAGGUUAUGAAAGAAAAUGUUAAAGUGUUAGGUGAUACACGGUCAAGUCAUUAACGUUCUGUCUCAGUUAGCUGUUUUUUUUUUUUUUUUUUUUUUUUUUAUCUGUAAGUUCAAUUUGUAGCUCUGUAGUACAGCAAUUAUAGUCAACAGUUGAAUCGUUUGAGCUGUAAGUUCAGAUUUCAUUAACCGUUUUGAAAACAUAUUUGUUUAGCCUCUCAAACUACAGCAAUUAUUACCAACAAAGUUGGUGAACAGUAAUUUCAAUCUUUAUUAGCCAUUCUGAGAACAUUUUCUUUUAUCGUCUCAAGUUGUAGGUCAGCAGUUUCCGAGAAUAAGGUUGGUGAGUUGUAGUUCAGUCUAUAUUAGUUAAUCUAAAAAUAUUUUUGCUUAGUUUCUUAAACUGUGACGCACCUGUCACUGCUAACAAUAUAAGAAUUUGUUUGAAACAAACCAUUCAAGGAAACAAAUCAUUUAGUAAGUAUGUUACUGGACAAAAAUUGAGUUAAAGUUCCUAUGAAUGUUCCUGGCCCGCUUGAUGUUUUUGAAGGUCUAGUAAAAGCUCUCGGGCAUAAUGCUAUGAGAUAGAAACCACCUUUUGCUAGCAAGUACAUUUCCUUUCAUAGAGAUUUUAAAUUUCUUUACUUAACUCACUGCCAGUAGAUAAACUGUAAGUGGUCGUAGAGUCUAAUUAAAUAAAAUUUAAUUUUCUGAAAUAAUUAAAAUAAUUAUGGGUUUUUGUCAGUUGAGAAGUUUUUGUGACAAAUAAUUUAACUACAUUAUAAACUUAUAAUUUUUUUUAAUUGAUUUUUUAAAGUGAACUGAACUGCCUUUUUCCUCUAUGUAAUUCCCAUUGCUUGUAUGAACUAAAAAUCUGUGUGCAAGUAAAUUAAAAGUUAGUUGAUUUCUUUAUCGACUUUUCUGCAAUAAUUUUACUCAUCGUAAUAAUUUCUAUAAGGUUUACUGUUAGGGUUUAGUGUUAACCCUUUGAAUUCAUGCACCGACAUCCGAUCCAUCAAAAUUAACAUAAGUAUGGAAUACAGUAACAUAUUUUAAAAUUACUAAUUAUCUAUUUAUUUGUCAUGUAGUAUAAUUUGUGGUCUUUGUUAGAUCUCUAUGAUUUUUUUUACAACAGUGUCAGGCAUUAUGUGGUACUGUCGUGCAUUGCUACAAUUACACUCUCCAUUAAUAUUCAAGUGUCGUGUGUUUUGGCAUGGUUAGUUCCGAGGCAAUCUUGACAAUGUCAGUCACACAUAGUCUUCUUCGAAUGUUAUUGAAAUGCUGUGUUGAGUAAAUGACACAAAACCAGUUAAUUUCAUUUCACUCCGUAGUUUGUUUCAAAUGAAUCUUAUAAAUAUGGACUUGAUUCUGAAUUAAUGGUGAAAAACAACCUGCAGUCACUUGCUGACAGGUUUGAUAAAACCUAGUAAUAACCAUAGAUGUAUUAAAUAUGUAGGCUAUUAAAGUUAUAAAAAUUAUUCUUUUCAGAUGCUUUUUAAAAAUCCAUUUUUAAGCGUUUUGUAAACAAAUGUAUAUGAGACGAUAUUACCCAAUUAAAAAUUAUACUGCUUAAAAAAUAUUAAUUUCUCUGAUGAUGUGAUCAGUGUGAAUGUACUCUUAGUUCUUACGCUUACACAGCUAGUGUCAGAAAUGUCAUGUAAGUUUUCUGGUUGAUCGGUUAAUCAAUACCGUAACGAACCAAUUAAUGACUCCGCUUUCUCCAACUUGACUGUGUAAUCAGACAUGUUUUUAUUGACCCACACUUUUGGUUUAACAUCUGUAGACUGAAAAUGGCUCCUUAAAAGAAGGCCAAAAUAUUUCAAAACUUUAACUGUGUUGACUAUAUUUUUUUAUGUGGUGUGUGUAAGCCAGAAAACUUAUAUAAUAGUCAUAUAAAAUUAAUAUCUUUCAUUAUUACAGUUAACAGAGUUACAUCGAUUUUAUAAAAGAACACUUUUCACUAUAAUAAUAGUAAAAAAUGUUCAGCAUUUAGCGUCCUUUAUUUCUUACUUGAAUAAUGCGAGUUUUAGAAUCGCAACGUGUUAAACAUAAUAUGUAUAGUUAUCUAAUCAAGUACCUAUUCUUCACUCAAUAUGUCACUGGCAAGUGCAUAAUUAAUGUACUAUCUGUAAAUACCUAGUUCAACACUAUGAUAGUUUGUAAUUGUUCACCAUCACAUGUGAUGAUUCGGAAGUGUGUGAGGUGCUUGGUGGAUUUAUGUGAUCUUAAUUUAAACUAAAUGGUAACUGAGGUCAAUUAUUACUCGUGCAACUCUUAGGUUACAUCUUUUAUUCAUUGUAAGCAUUUAUCAUUGUAUCGUAAUAACAAAUUUAUUAAUUUUGAACUCGUGCUUGGAAGGUAUUAUUUCUGGUAUUACUGCUGUGUUCUCCUUAUUACUGGUGCCAGUUUUAACCUUAUUACUUUUACUAUAUCAAACCUUUGUGUUAGUUUUAAUUCGGAUCAAGCACCACAGAUCAAUGUCUGAAAGAAGACCAUUUUGUUUUUGACGACGGAAGGAUUAUGAAGACCAUUUUCUUUUAUUUGAAGGUCUGAAACGUUACACAGCGUGAAUAGUGUAACAACGGUAUCUGCUAUGAAAAGCUGCAGUCAUCAAUUUUGUUAGAAUAAUUUUGUCCUACCUUUGGGUGGUUUUAAAAUGAUUUAAAUUACUUUUUCGUAUUUAAGAAAACAGAAACUUAAUUUAAUAAAAGAAACCUGUAAUAGUUCAGGUCAAAGAUUAUCAAGAUGCUAUUUUACUUAGAUGACUGAUUGUUUUAGAUAGUAUAUGUAUGUUGUUGAUUAAGUUAUGUUUUGUACUUUAAUAUUUUUAGUUCAUGUUGUAAAGUUAUAAUAAUUUUAAUUGUUAAGGGAAUUUAUAAUAAUUACACAAACCAGUCUUCCUAGUUGUGCUGUCAUGUUAGAGCUUGUAUAACAGUUUUAAAUGUCGUUGCCAGAAUUUUUAAAAUGCAGCUGAGUUAUUGUAAAGUAAAGAGUCUAUAAAAUAAUAUAUUUUAAUAAAUUUGUACUGUAAGAUAAUAUUUUUAAAUAUAUUAUUUUUUAAUAAAUGAAAUGCGAUAAUUUUAAGUGUA